AAUUGAGCUGUCCGGAGGAGUGGAAAAGUCGGAGAAGCAACCCGAUCGUGGAGAAUCGAGUCUAAAGUCGAUCAGCCCACACUCCGCAUACGUCAUCUCGACAUGGCCGCAACCACAAUCACCAGGUCGUCCGCCGACUCUUCCAAUCCCAUCCCCAAAAUGCCCUCGCCCAAGGACUCCAAAGCCGUACCUGGAAAGAUCGAAGGUACGUUCGUUCCUUGUUGCACUCCCAUCGUCAUCAACACUGCUUGUGAAUUGCUUCAUCACACCUCCUCAUUCACUCUGCUACUUGUCGCUGCCAUUCGAGUCACCACUGUGCUGGUGCCAGCCGUCGUCGCUGUUCAUUAGCGCUCCGCUCAUUGCCAUGGCAUGGCGUUGCGACAUACACUCAACACCACUAUUCAUUUCUACUAAUCAUGCCUGAUGCAAGUCGUUCACGGGAACACGUUACUAACGCUGCUUCUCUUUCAGACCCAAGCCAGGAUAGAAGUAGUGACGACGCGAAGCCUACGACAAACGGUACAAAUGCGCAGCCAUUGGCGCCUCCACCAAAACCAACGCAAACUACGUCGACUGAUACCCCAGACUACUUCAGCUCAAAUCACAACUCUUCAAAUCAGUUCAGUCUGGAGCCAAAUCCAUUCGAACGAUCUUUCGGCCAACCGCCGUCCGGAAGCACUCCCAACGGUGGAAGCAUCCUACCUCCAGUCGCGAGCAUAACAUCUCCGUCCGGUCUACCUGGCAUAACACCUGGGUGGCAGUCUUUAAGAGCCGGGCCAUUGAGCCCUGCUAUGCUCGCUGGCCCCGCAAAUACUACUGAUUACUUCUCAGGAGAGUUUAGAGGCUUCCCGACACCGAACGAAUCGUCGUUGCGGACAGGUCUGACUCCAGGUGGUGGCGGAUCUAUGUUUCCAGCUCCCAGUCCAAAUUCGCAGCAUCUAUUUCAACUCCAGAGUGGUGGCGCUACUCCCGGUACAUUAGACUUCCACAAGACUGCGCUUAGUGCUGCUACAGCGUCGAGUCAGAACAAAUACAACACCAACGCCGUCUCAUCACAACCGCCAGAACAAGCCACUCAAGUCCAAGCUACACAACCUCCAACCACGCAGGCCCCAGUUGUUCAAGGACAACCACCACGUCAAGACAUGUAUCAACAGCAUGACGUGCAUGGUGCCGCGAACGACCUCCUUCAAUUUGCCACCCAAGCAAACGGCAACCGGAACGGACAGUUUGCCGUUCCGACCCAGGCCAACCAGCACAUCAACCAAGGGCAGCGCUCAAACGAGACAUCGCCUGUCCAAAGGCGUGGGACGAAGGGCUCUGUUGGCACGGACAACACUGAAAACAUGUCUGAAAGCGGCCAAAGUGAGGCAGCAAAGCCGCGAACUCGCGGAAAGAAGGCUAAUAACAAAGGCGCCACUGGCAAUAGCAGACGAAAGGCCGAAGAUACGCCAGCAAAAGGUCCAGCCUCUAAAAAGCAAAAGGGCAACAACGGCAUGCCAAAAGAGGAAGACUUUGACUCGGAAGAAGAAGACCAGGAUGACCAGAUCGAUACGCACCCCGACGGCAAGAAGAUGACAGACGAAGAGAAGCGGAAGAACUUCCUCGAACGUAAUCGUGUCGCCGCGCUAAAGUGUCGUCAACGGAAGAAGCAAUGGCUAGCUAAUCUGCAGGCCAAAGUGGAGCUGUUCAGCACAGAGAACGAUGCUCUAUCAGCCCAAGUCACGCAAUUGCGUGAGGAAGUGGUCAACUUAAAGACUUUACUCCUGGCACACAAGGAUUGCCCAGUAUCGCAAGCUCAAGGCCUGGGUGGCAUGAACAUGAACAGCUUUAUUGGGGACAUUCAACAUAACCAGAACCCCUACGGAAUCGGCAUGCACAAUGGAAUGAUGAUGGGCCAGCCACAGGCGAUGCAGCAAAGGGGGUGAGUCACAGGAGCAGCAUCGGAUACAUGAACAAACAUCCUCACAUCACACUCGACAAUCAUCUUGACCAAACACCACAAUCAUGCGGCCGGUGAUGCUCCUGUCACUCCAUUGACUGCA